AUUGUACAAAAUGUAAUUUAAACUACAGGCAGGUUUUUGGACCUGAUGGGCUUCCUUACACAGUUAUUACGGUAAUGUGAAGCGUCGCAAACGAGCCGUCGCUGUCGCUGUCAGUGCUUCUUUUAUGUUUGUCUAGAAACGUCCUUUCAAAGCUGCUAUGUGUUGAAUUCCUCAUUUGUGCUGCAGCGGGAAUUAUUUUCCAAAAAAGGACAACCUACCAAGCUAAUGUAGCAACCUAACGUCGACUUUAACUUCUGGAUAAACUGUACACGCUUGACAGAUAAACAUGGCAGAGUCGUCGCAGUUAUCCGGGGUUAAUGUUGUGCUGGUUAUGGCCUACGGAAGCCUGGUGUUUGUGCUGCUGUUCAUCUUCGUCAAAAGGCAAAUAAUGCGUUUCGCCAUGAGAUCGCGCCGAGGACCCCACGCACCGAUUGGCCACAAUGCACCGAAGGGUUUGAAGGAGCAGAUUGACUCCAGGCUGUCCAAGGUGCAGGAGAUCCGCUUCGAACCUCGUCUCCUAUCAGAAGAAGAUGACAGGCUGAAGCAAGGAUCACAGAUAAGUUGCUACAACUACCUGUACAGAAUGAAAGCUCUGGAUGCGAUCCGGGACUCAGGUAUUCCUCUGCAGGAGAUAAGCCGGAGUCCCAGUGCGUUUACAGGGCGCAGCUUCAGGAGCUGGCUGCUGGAGCUGCGCAACUCCCACUCUCUGAUCAAGAGCAGCCGCAGCGCGCUCAUUGACCGUUUGCUUGAAGGCUACGACAGCGCUCGCCAUGGGACUGGGGUGUUUGGGGAAGCUGAGUUUCUUGAAUACCAGCAGGCUCUCAGCGAACUAGCUGAUGUGGUGAAGGCCUAUUCCAGCACCACCAGCCUGGACCAGCAUCACCAGUCUGCAGCCAAAGAUCUGACUGGCUCUCCUGUCCGUAGCACUCCCUCCACCAUCCAGGUCACCUACCUGCCCUCCACUGGCCAGCGCAGCAAGAGGCCCAAACACUUUCUGGAGCUCAAAAGUUUUAAAGACAACUAUAACACACUGGAGAGCACCCUGUGAGAGUCUGCUGCUACAGACUGACUGUGUGUGUGUGUGUGUGUGUGAGUGCACAAUGGUUACACAGUCUACUGGGAAACAAGAAGUUGUAACAUAUUGUCACUUUUUUUUUAAAUUGAGCUUUAAAAAUAGAUCCAUAAAUGAUGUUACACAGUAACAGUAAUUUCAGAUAGGACAGGGUCUAUUGUGAAUAAUUCCAUACACAAUAUUUUUCAAGUCAUUUAAUUAUGUAGAAAAAGAAAUAUCUCGUUUUAUAACUAAAGUCUUGCCAUCACAAGAUUGUUUCUCUCAUUAAAUGAAGUCCUUAUGUGUAUUUGUGUCACACCAAGGUCUUAUUUUUGACCUAAUGGGCGCGUUCAGAGGACAAAUAUGAUUGUAACCCACUCGACAAGGUUUUCAUUGUCAUUUUUGUAAAAACAGGAAAGUAAAUGGCAAUUCGCUUGAAUUUUAUUUUUUCUUAGAAGUCAGAUGUAAAUAUGAUUUACCUUGAUGAGUGUUUGUACGGAUGUAAGAUAUUUAUACCGACCAUAAUAACUUAUUUAAUUGAUAUUGUUUGUUAUUUUUUUUUUAAAUUCAUGUGAGGUUGUACACUUUUGUGGUUUGAGAUAAAAGCCUUAUGACCCUC